AUGGCAGUCUUGAAACUGAAGUUCACCAAGACCAAGAGGGACAAGCUGGCCCAGGUGCUCUGGAUCCUGAACUGGAUCUCAGUGGUGACAGGGGCCAUCCUGUUCAGCCUGGGGCUCUACCUCAAGGUGGAAAUCAACAAGCGAGGAGAGCUGAUGGCUGAGAGGGACAUCCAGUACGUGCCCAACAUGCUGAUCGCCGUGGGCCUCAUCGCCUGUGCCAUAAACUUCCUGGGUGGGAAGAUCUGCUACGACUGUGUGGACACCACCAAGUUCUUGCGCUGGAAGCUGAUCAUGCUGCCCUACAUCAUAUGCACGUUCUUCUUCACCUUUUGUGUGCUGGUGGGGGCUCUGAUGUGUUACAGCAUGCGUGGGGAGCUGGAGGAGUCUCUGAACCUGGGGCUGACAGACGCCAUCAAGUUCUACAAGGACACGGACACACCAGGACGGUGCUUCCUGAAGCGAACUGUGGACAUGCUGCAAAUAGAGUUCCAGUGCUGUGGGAACAAUGGGUAUAAAGACUGGUUUCAAAUCCAGUGGAUCAGCAACCGUUACCUGGAUAUGUCCCAGAAAGAGGUGGUGGACCGUUUAAAAAGUAACGUGGAGGGGAAGUACCUGAUGGACGGAGUCCCCUUCAGCUGCUGCAACAUCAACUCCCCCCGACCCUGCAUCCAGCAGCAGAUCACCAACAACUCUGCUCACUUCAACUACGAGCACCAGACAGAAAUGCUGAACCUGUGGAUGAAAGGGUGUCGCCAGGCGCUGCUGGAGUACUACACCCACAUCAUGCAGUCCAUUGGCCUCACAGUCCUCAUCACCUGGCUGUUUGAACUCUCGGUGUUGACAGGGGUUCGUUACCUCCAGACUUCUCUCGAAAAUGUGCUGAGACAGGGUGACCUCAACUCUGACUCUGACGGCUGGCUGCUGGAGAACAGCUUCAUGGAAACUGCCCGCACCAACCUGAACAUCAUCAAGAGCCUUGGGAAGAACAACCAGAUAGACACAUCCAACAAUGGAGACCCCAACAUUAACGUUCCCUCCACUUCUAAAGCACACUAUGGGCCGGACAAUGUGCCGCCGAAGGAAACACCUGAGGCCAGUUGACCUUUCUCAGGCCUCAGUGAACAGCGUCCCUGAUGGCUGAAGUAAAAAGAGUUCUUCACAAUACACUUUUUACCAACAAGGGAGAACAAUUACAACUAAGAAAUACAUAUACAGAGGUGUUUGUGUGUGGAAACCUAAGUAUAUUUAGGGGAAAUAUCACGCAAUACAAAAUCAAUUUUCUAGAAUGACAGGGUGCAUCUUUUCCAAAAAUGCAGAUAAUGCCUUGUUGACUUUUUACAACCAUUACUGAGUCAAAAUCCUUCCGUAUAUAUUCCUUUUCAUUGAUACAAACAUCCAAAAACCCAUGACAUAAAUCACCACAAUAACACAUCAUUUUCUGUACAUGUGUACUGUAAUCUGUUGUUUACAAUCAACAUUUGUUGCCUGUGUGUUGUGGUUUUUCAACAGGUGUCCAAAACAGUUUUGUACACCUGUCAGUUGCAACACUGGAGUCAAAAUGAUCUUUAUAUUACUGUUUGAUGUAGACAAAUUAGUGAUGAUGAGAAGUUGAAGCCUGCAUUUUUUGCCUCAAAGUACAAUAGAAAAUGCAAUGCAACUAGUACAGCAACAAUUUAGAGGAUCUAUAAAUUAAAUUACACAAAUCUAGGUGCAGGGUGAUAUGGCCUCAAGUUAAAUAGGCAGGUAUGCAGUAUAAGAAGAAGAUGAAUUCUACAUUAGUUCAGGGUGUUUAGAUCAAUAGUAACAUUUUUGGAUCCUUUAUGUGCUUUUAAGCAAACAAGGUUUUACCAAGGGUAGUAAGCAAUGUGAAAAAACGAGUAUGUUCCUUAGUACCAUACAGAAAUCUGAUUGAUAACUCAUAAUAACACAUCAUCCAUUCUUAGAACGUUUAAGCCAUCAGUACAAUGACUCAUGUGCCUCAGGAAAGUCACCACGGUCUUAUUAUAACACCUCAGUCAUUUUAACUGGGAUGAGUUACCGAAAGCUGGACAAAGAACACUUGAGCUAGUGACGGUUGACUUUUAUUGUUUGUGAUUGUUUUGUAAGGGCUCCAAUCCUGCACAUUGCAAGCUAGGCUACUAUGUACUUACUUUGUUUGAAUGAUUAAAAGGGACGGUUCACCCCAAAAUCCAUAUUUUUUUCCUCUUACCUGUAGUGCUAUCUAUCAGUCUAUCAGUCUGUUUUAAUGUGAGUUGCAGAGUGUCGGAGAUAUCAGCCGUAAAAAUGUCUGCCUUCUCUCCAAUAUAAUGGAAAUAAAUGGCACUCGGCUUGUGGUGCUCAAAGCGCCAAAGAAAUACAUUUCAAAGCCUCAACAGCAAUGUCUCUUUCAGGAAAUCGUGACCAGGUUACUUAAGAUAAUCCACAGACCUUGUUUUGAGCAGUUUUAUGUGGGAACUAUUUUCUUACUACUGUCAUACACCUACCUACUGUAUCAUCUUGCAGAGAAAAGCAUGCACUUACUGUUAGCUCACCUAGCACCACUGAGCUAACUAAUAUCACGGCUCAGACACAAGCCUCACGUCCAAGAGUCGAUGAACACUUCCUUUUGUGCUGUGAUACAUUUAGUGGGUGUAGUGUGGUAAAUGAAAGUUGAUUUGGGGGUGAACGAUCCCUUUAAACAGUUGGGGAAAUAAAGACAUGGAGGUUGCUAAAUGAUAACGUGUGGGUUCAUUUAGCUUUAAUUCUAGCUGUAAGAUGAUAAUAAAUUACAACGCAGUAUCAGACUUGUGAAAUAAGAGAAUACUGUCCACUUCUUGCCUCAUCCAGGGCUCUCAUUUGAUCGAUG